AUGACAGGCUCUAGCGCGGAGUCGCCAGACUAUCUCGCCAAGAUGAAUGAUCCAGGGUUGGACCAGCGCGUCAGUAUCGCGUUCAUCGUGAUUGAUACGUUGUUCCUGCUGAUGUUCUACGCGAGUCGGUACUUCAAUCAUAAGGCUGUAGGAACGCCUAUGUUGGUAUGUAACACGUUGUGUUAUGUGCUUUGUAUGGGGAGUGCGGCAACAGGGAUCUUGAUGGUCAAAAUAGGCGGCGUAGGGUACCAUGUUGCUGCCGUCCCAGUCACCACAUUUCAGACCUGGCUGCAACUUUCCAAAGUCCUCGAGUUCACCUACACACCGGCCGUCAUGUUUGCCAAACUUGCCGCUCUAUUCCUCUACCACCAACUGUUCGAAGUCACAAGUUACCGCCGCAUCAUCAUUGGUAUCGGCGUGAUCAUUGUUCUUCAAGGUGUAGUCUCUCUCAUUCUAGCGUUUUCGAUUUGUCGGCCUUUCAGAUACUUCUGGACCCAGGCGGUUGAUCCGGACGAUGGGACUUGUGGAGACGUGAUGCUUUUUUACAAAAGCUACAGCAUUCCUAGUCUGGUCACCGAUGUAGCGAUGCUGGUGCUUCCGUGGCCCAUCCUCUUCAAGUUGCACAUUCCCACGGCAGAAAAGAUUGGCCUCAUACUGACCUUUCUGGCUGCUUCGCUGGGCAUCAUAACAUGUGCGCUUCGCUUUGCAGUCUUCUUCACCGUGCCGCUCUUCUCCGAUCCAACGUGGUACGCUUCAGGUGGUCCCAUGAUCUAUGCUCUGGUCGAACCCUCCAUCUACAUGAUAGCUAGUAUACUGCCUACUACGCGGCAUCUUUACCGGCGAUUUCGCACAAAAGCGCGGCAUGCUACGCAGUCGCGAAGUUGGAGAAGCGAUGGUGGUCCGAAGGACAACAGCGGUCUUGAUCAACCGGCCGAGCUCGAGCGCAUUAAGAACAGUAAUCCGAGUACUCGGCGAAACAAGCAACAUCUCGAUACGUGGCAGACAGAUACAUGUUCGUGUCAAGAAGAAUUGACGUUGGAGGAUCGGUAUCAGACUCAGCAGCAGUGGAAGGUUCGAGACAGAUCUGGAGUCGCUUCGUCACCGAGCGCAAUAGAAGAGCAUCCUUCCACAAGCAGCGGGACUACAAGGCCAGUUCAGGUCAGAACAAGAGUGAUAUAG